AUGGAUUUCAGAGAAGAGCAAAUCGCAAGACUGUUGAACUCCAACAUUGUGAGAGGGACAGCCUCUGAUGAGCAAUGGGUUCAGCUGAUCACUGAUUACUUUUUGACGGCACCGGUUGAAGUUUCCCCGUUAUCCGGCUCCGAUUCAGAGUCAGACAGCCCUGACACUGACAGCAGCCCUCAGACCACGGAUGCUGAAGAGGAUGAGGACACCACAGAGGAGCAACCACUGCUGAACGACCCGGUGGCUGAGACACUUCAGUCCGUACGGCAUUAUGUGAGCGAGGACAGCGCUCAAGAGAUUGAGAGGGCCCGUGACUACAGGUGUAGCUGUACAUUUAAUGAUGGAGUUCCCUGUUACACCCGUUACACCCCUGCGGAGAUGGUCAAGAGACGAGACCAAAUGAAUGAAAUGACUAAUGAGGCAUCUUUCCCUGCUGUCAGUUCUCUGUUCCCAGAUGUGGUGAACUGCAUGCAGACCGACAACCUGGAGCUGAAGAAGCUGGUGUACCUCUACCUGAUGAACUACGCCAAGAGCCAGCCGGACAUGGCCAUCAUGGCCGUCAACAGCUUCGUCAAGGACUGUGAGGACCCCAACCCUCUGAUCCGCGCUCUGGCCGUCCGCACCAUGGGCUGCAUCCGUGUGGACAAGAUCACCGAGUAUCUGUGUGAGCCGCUCAGGAAGUGCCUGAAGGACGAGGACCCGUACGUGAGGAAGACGGCGGCCGUCUGCGUGGCCAAGCUGCAUGACAUCAACGCCCAGAUGGUGGAGGACCAGGGCUUCCUGGACUCCCUGAGGGACCUCAUCGCUGACUCAAAUCCCAUGGUGGUGGCCAAUGCAGUGGCUGCCCUGUCUGAGAUCAGCGAGUCUCACCCCAACAGCAACCUGCUGGACCUGAACCCUCAGAACAUCAACAAGCUGCUGACCGCGCUCAACGAGUGCACCGAGUGGGGACAGAUCUUCAUCCUCGACUGCCUGUCCAACUACAACCCCAAGGACGAGCGCGAGGCCCAAAGCAUCUGUGAGCGAGUCACCCCCCGGCUGUCUCAUGCCAACUCAGCCGUGGUGCUGUCGGCUGUGAAGGUGCUGAUGAAGUUCUUGGAGCUGCUGCCCAAAGACUCGGAUUACUACAACACGCUUCUGAAGAAGCUGUCCCCCCCGCUGGUCACCCUGCUGUCCGGAGAGCCGGAGGUCCAGUACGUGGCUCUGAGGAACAUCAACCUCAUCGUCCAGAAAAGGCCUGAGAUCCUGAAGCAGGAGAUCAAGGUUUUCUUUGUGAAGUACAACGACCCCAUCUAUGUGAAGCUGGAGAAACUGGACAUCAUGAUCCGCCUGGCCUCCCAGGCCAACAUUGCCCAGGUGCUGGCCGAGCUGAAGGAAUACGCCACAGAGGUCGAUGUCGACUUUGUGCGCAAGGCGGUCCGAGCCAUCGGACGCUGUGCCAUCAAAGUGGAGCAAUCAGCAGAGCGCUGUGUCAGCACUCUGCUGGACCUGAUCCAGACCAAAGUCAACUACGUGGUCCAGGAGGCCAUCGUGGUCAUCAGGGACAUCUUCCGCAAGUACCCCAACAAGUAUGAGAGCAUCAUUGCCACGCUGUGUGAGAACCUGGACUCUCUGGAUGAGCCGGACGCUCGCGCUGCGAUGAUCUGGAUCGUAGGCGAGUACGCCGAGAGGAUCGACAACGCUGACGAGCUGCUGGAGAGCUUCCUGGAGGGCUUCCACGACGAGAGCACCCAGGUCCAGCUCACUCUGCUGACUGCCAUCGUGAAGCUGUUCCUGAAGAAGCCGUCAGAGACUCAGGAGCUGGUGCAGCAGGUGCUCAGCCUGGCCACUCAGGACUCUGAUAACCCCGACCUGCGUGACCGAGGCUACAUCUACUGGCGCCUGCUGUCCACCGACCCUGUGACCGCGAAGGAGGUGGUGCUGUCGGAGAAGCCUCUGAUCUCCGAGGAGACGGACCUGAUCGAGCCGACCCUCCUCGACGAGCUCAUCUGCCACAUCGGAUCCCUGGCCUCCGUCUACCACAAGCCCCCCAGCGCCUUCGUGGAGGGAAGCCACGGCGUCCACAGGAAACACCUCCCUGUGCAGAACAGCAGCUACGACAAGAAGUGUCGGUGUCGUCCCUCUUCAGAGCGACAGGUGUUCCUGGCGACCUGGAAAGACAUCCCCAACGAGAACGAGCUACAGUACCAGAUAAAGGAGUGCCAUCUUAAUGCAGACUCAGUUUCAGGGAAGCUGCAGAAUAAUAACAUCUUCACCAUCGCCAAGAGAAACGUAGAAGGCCAGGACAUGCUGUACCAGUCUCUGAAGCUCACCAACGGCAUCUGGAUCCUGGCCGAGCUCCGCAUUCAGCCCGGAAACCCCAACUACACGCUGUCUCUGAAGUGUCGGGCCCCGGAGGUUUCUCAGUACGUGUACCUGACGUACGACUCUGUGCUGAAGAGUUAAUUUUGCUCCAACUCUUGACAACUCUGCUUCGUAUCUACAUCAAUCUGCAGUGUUUUAUCAUUUUCUGCCAUAUGCAGCUAACUGCCAAAGCAAAGGACUCUAAACAGUGAGAGAACGUCAUUUGGAUUAUUAGUUGUAUUCUUCCACUGAGAAAUCAACUCGGCACAUUUCAAUGAGAAACCAUAUGGUGGUUUAUGUUGUCCUGAAGUCAAACACCGUUUACGUCUCUUUGCUUUGGCAGUUUGAAAAGCAUUAUUGAAUCUUCUUCUUCAGAUCCCCAUUUCUAUGUUUACCUCCCAGUGAAAACACGUCGACCAUUCCAUCCUUAAUUGAGUUUCUUAAUGUUGUGAAGAUGUGACUGAUGGUUAACUGCCAUGAGUGGAAAUACUAAUCUCCCCAGAUUCUAUGAAGCCAAUUAUCUUUUAUUUUGCACGCUGUAUGGCUCACAUUCCUUUUGAUUCUUUUAUAUUGCUUCGGUUGCACCUACAGAAUGAUAAGUGUUGUUCCUUUUGCCAUUAAUGUGUGUGAAGAGUGGAAACCAUCAAUGUGAUCUUACAAUAACUUCUGCAGACAUGCUUGAUUAACACGUCACAUUACGCAGCAUACUGUAUGUACCUCUGUUCUCCUCUUGUGCUACUCUGAGAACCGGGGUUACACAAGUAACCUCAAGUUUUCCUUUCAUGGCUUUAACACAGCUUCUUGUAUUUCAUGGGGUUACAUAUAUAUAUUUAUAUAUCGGCAGUUUGAAACAUUGUACAGUAAUUGAAACACUUCAAAAUGCAUUCCAAAAAGUUGGAAAAGGAAAAUGCAGACCGGAGAUAAGUCAGAGAGCUCCAGUAACUCUAAUGAAACCAAAUCCAGGCAUUUCUUCGCUUCUUCCAAUCUUAAGAAUUAUCACCUCUCAAGUUUUUCUUUCCUGCCGUUUGUGGUUAAUCUGGCAGAGCGAAAGAGAAGGAAACCGCAGGGGAUAAAACACCGAAGCAGGUCGUUCCGAGGUCUUUAUUGCAAUCGCUUUUCCAUGAGCCUUCAGUCUGUAUUAACACUCCUUUCUCACCUCAGCUGCACAUGUUGUUUUUUAAAGCUUUUUCUUAUUUUUUUUAUGUUUUAAUAGUUCAAUUCAAGUCAUAUAAUGCAGAUGACUGAUGCAACAGAUGCAUCAAAAUGCAAAUAAAUGUGAAAUCAAUUGAAAUUCCGCCAAAAUAGAACAUUUUUAUGAAAUUAAAAAGUAUUGUAAAAGAAACAAAACCCAUAGUGAGGAACACUAACCCCCUUCUGACUGAAAGUAACUCACUGUACAUUUGUUAAAACUUGUUUUCAAAUAUCCAGGUUGCUGUUAAGUUUGAACUUGAAAAUCUUCCCCCAUUUGAACCACUCCACAAACCACAGCAGCUACGGAUUAACACACCAGUGCCACUCUGUUUUAAAAAGUAUUUGACAUAACUCGUCUUGUUAUAGCCCCGUUAACUGCAACCACAUAGUUGCACACGGCUUAAUGCACCUAUAUUGUCAUUCCUAUUUAUUGUGCAUCUACCUCUGUGUGUUUUCCUUUUUAACCGGCUUUAUUGUUGCAGUAGCUUCAAUUCUGUAAUGUGCUUUAAAUGUCAUCUUUCGAUUCCAGUGGGGUUUUUUGUGUGUUCUUCAUGCCAUUGUUGUCGAGCUAUUUUAAACCUGUGGCAACACAGCCGCACUAAUCUCACAGGACCAAGCAUUCACGCAAAUUAAAUGCCACGUCUAUGUUUUAAUACCCAAGUGUCCAUAUAAUCUUCUAAUGUUGGCUUUUUGUGUGCUUUGUUUAGAGGGUGCCAACUGUACGCCCUGAGGCCCAGAGUUGUGCUAGUACAGUGUAGUCCAGUGAUGGUGUAGUUAAUGUAGCUAAUCAAUUAAAAAUGUUUUGGUAUUACCCUGAAAAGGAAAUUAAGCCUUCCCUCUAUCCAUUGAUCAGAACAUUCUCAGUGUAAUGAAUGUGUCUGUGAACCUAUUUUCCUACAUGGUAACACGUUUAUGUGCCUGCAUGAGCCCACUGUCCUCUUGAUCCUUUUUUAUUUAGGAUGCGGCUUCGCUCCCAACUCCCAACUUCAUGUCUCGGUUGUAGAUCUCAUGUUUUUAAGCAGCAUUGUCUUCAGCACUCCCACUUUAAGAAUUAUAUCAAAAACGUUUGCCAGCAAUAGAGACUGUAUGGUGACGGCUAUAAUGGCGUCUUAUAUAAAUGGAAAAUGUCUAGAAUUAUUGCUGUAACCCUGUUGUAAAUGGUGUUUUUGUCACACUACCACAUCUUAUGUCAUUAAAAUGUCAAAACAAA